AUGGCACAAGCCUUUCCGUACACGUACUACGCUUGUGACUGCUUCGACAGCAACGCGACGACGUCGACGAAGCGCACCUCGCAUGUCCUUGCUGCCUUUGACGACGACGAGGAAACCUUAGAUCCCAAGAAUCCACGCUCCAAUUUCGCCCUUUACCCGCUUGAGCAUCUCCUCUACUGCGAAGAUUGCUUGCAAAUACGGUGUCCGCGGUGCGUGAUAGAGGAGACGCUGAAUUGGUACUGUCCCAACUGUCUGUUCGAAGUUCCGAGUUCUGUGGUUAAGAGCGAUGGCAAUCGGUGCACGCGUAAUUGCUUCAAUUGCCCUGUAUGCGUUUCACCUCUCAUGGUCAACCUUCUCGACAACCCUGAUGCGGACCAAGGAGUGCCAGACCGACACAUACUAGCGUGUCCGUACUGCCAUUGGAGUACCAUAGAGACGGGCAUAGAGUUCGAGAAGCACACAGGCGUGUAUUCACAGAUCGUGCGGAUAGCGAAUGGAGGGAAGCCAAUACCCACCUCGAAAGAGCGCGACAAGGAGCGCGAGAGGCGCAAGGAGCUGGAGGCUCGGCAGCGAGAUUCAAAAAACCCGUUAUCUCCUUCGAGCGACUCUACAGCUAUGGAUUUGGAAGAAUACGAACCGCCGACGCGCGAUGAUCUUCUCUCGAAUCUGGGUGCUUUCUACAAAGCACAGCUGGAAUCCCAGAUGCCGGCAAACCCUCUAGAGAUGAACUUCUCUUCGCCCUCAGCCUAUUCGCGAAUUAUGAAUCUAUACUCGACAAACACUGCAAAGAAGCAGAAACGCAAUAAGCCAACGCCGAUGCGAGAGGCUGCGUCGGAAUUGGAAGGCCUGGUUGUCCAUGACCCUGCCGCGGACAAUGCAGCGAUCGAGCGUAUCAAGCGAGACGGUUGGGGGAGUACUCUCUCGCCUGCUCAGAAGCUCGCACAACUCGACCCUCAUGUGCAGUUCAGCGACGAACUCCGGCCAGUUCCGACUCUCCUUUGUACAAAGCGAUCCAAACGAUGUCGGUCAUGUCGACACAUCCUGUCCAAGCCAGAAUCGAAGAUAACAUCAACUCGAUAUAAGAUCAAACUACUAGCACUGAACCACAUCCCUCGACUCAGCAUUCGCGCGCUACCGCCGACCAACCCAGUCGUGCCCCACGCUCCUGGCUCCAUGCCCGCUCCGCAAACCCCUUUCAACUACAACAACCUCCGUUCGGGUAUCGCAACGCACUUCCUCUUACACGUCAGUAACCCUCUCUUUGAUCCUAUUCAGGUUACAUUGGCCACCUCAAGCACCACGCCUGGCAAAGUGCAGUCUCGCGUAACGAUCCUAUGCCCACAGUUCGAAGUCGGCGCCAACACCGAUGUCUGGGAUGACGCACUCGCUUCGUCUCCCGCACCCAUGCCCCGCCGCUCGACAAUCAACGCCGAAACAGGACAAAUUGAAGCAGGAAAGAUCUGGGACAAAGGACGGAACUGGACAAGUGUCGCUAUCGAAGUCAUCCCAGGCUUCCUUAGUGAACUUGGUGGCGAGGGUGCGUUGGACGAAGAUGAGGAUUUGCUUGAGAUACCCAUCUUUGUGCGCCUGGAGUUUGAGGCUGAUGUAAAUGCCGAGGAGAGGGGUAUGGGUGAUUCGAGAGGAAGUAAAGGAGAGCGAGAGAAAAGGGAGGAGGCGUUCUGGACGGUCGUUGGUGCAGGAAGGAUAGCGAGUGCGUAG